UCUGUGUCACUGUGUUCAUUCACUCGUUGAUCUUCUCUCCUCUUCCUCCUCGUCGCUUUCCGUCUGCUGGAACAUGAACAGAACGGCUUCAUUGGCAACUACUUGACCGUAUUCUGCGUGCUGUGUUUCAUCGAUUGAGCAGUCUACGAUUCGUUGCGUUCCCUGACGUCUUCUCGUGCUACUUUGUCGUCGGUUUCGCCGACUCCAUUUGUUUCCAUCAGUGAUUGGAUGAAUAUCGCGAUUGGCCUUUCCGACGACAACUGUUGUCUUCUCCUCUGCAGAUUCCGGUGGAGCUCACUUUUUUAACAUUAUAUAUAUAUAUAUAUAUAUAUUUGCCCUCGGAUGCUGCCACUGCUCGCUCACUGUCACUGCAGAUUUUGUAGCAUCUGAUUGGUAAUACAAAAACCAAACACGUUCGUCCUGUUCAUACUGAUUGAUCAGUGAAGGCUGGCUCUGCUUUGCGUACCAGUACGUCCUUACGACGCCGUUCUUUAGCUCACGUCUUUCCUUCAUUAGCGUUCCGCUUAUCUUCCUCUCUCAGCAGAAGGAAAUCAGCUUAUCUUACUCUGACAAAACUUCCUCCAAGGCCUCCCUUCUCCAUUAACUCAUUUGGCCAAUUCCGUUGGCGAUUAUUCAUUUGGUUGAUAGAAUCAACUUUGUCCCAGAAUUAAUGGGAUCCUUCAAUAGCAAUAUGCCGGUUUGUCCCGCGAACCAGCACUGCUCACAGUGGGCAAGGAAGAACAUGAAAUAUUGCCUCUGCAAUGCAAAAGAUGGAGUCUCCUUGUUUUUGGGUUUGGUUAGUGUAAUCAGUUGGGGAGUAGCAGAGGUACCCCAGAUUAUCACCAAUUACAGGCAGAAGUCUACUGAGGGUCUUUCCAUUGGUUUCUUGCUAACAUGGAUAAUCGGAGAUCUUUUCAACCUCUUUGGCUGCAUGCUGGAACCAGCAACCCUUCCAACACAAUAUUACAUGGCAUUGCUUUAUACGUUUACUACAAUGAUUCUUGCUGGACAAGCCGUGUAUUAUGGUCACAUUUAUCCUCGAUUGAAACAGAGAAGGCAAGAGUACAAGGGCCUGAAGCCUAAUGUGACCGAGUCAGUAGAAACGGACAGAUUAAGGAUAAGUAACGGGAGAGUGAAGACAGAGAAAGUAGCAGGUAGAUGGAGGAAUGGAUCUGAUGCCUCAGAUGGAGGACAGAAUCUGACUUCUCCAAUUCCGCUACCUGCACUUCCUGCAAAUGCUUCCCCUGGUAGAGGGCUAUAUUACGUUUCAGCGAGGUCUCUAUCAAGCAGUCACACUCCACCCACUGGAUCCUUUUUUACUCAACGGAUGGGUCCAUCAAGCUUCCAUACAGUCACUGCAGUAGAGGAACCAUUGCUUUCUGGAUCCAACCCACAGUCUGCACCUGCUCCUAAGACCAAGAACAUGCUAUGCCUGGUCUCCUUGGUGAUGUUUAUUGGCUCCUUCAAUCUUCUAUCUACGAAAGAUAGAGUCAAGGAGACAUACGGAAAACCUAGUGGAACUGUGAUGCAAGUAGGAAGGAAGCUUUUGCAGAUCAAUGGUGGACUGUUUGAAGGAAUUGGUUCUAUUGGCAAUGCUGAGAUAGGGACUUUCCUUGGUUGGGCAAUGGCUGCUAUCUACAUGGGGGGAAGGCUUCCUCAGAUUUGCUUAAAUAUACGAAGAGGAAAUGUUGAGGGCCUCAAUCCCUUGAUGUUUGUAUUUGCUUUGGUUGGAAAUGCUACAUAUGUUGCAAGCAUACUUGUGAGCAGUGUAGAGUGGUCAAAAAUCAAACCAAACUUGCCAUGGUUGGUCGAUGCAGGAGGAUGCGUGCUUCUUGACUUUUUUAUACUGGCCCAGUUCAUUUACUUCCAGGUGUGGAGACCUUGUGAUGUUAAAGACAAGCACGAAGAAACAAAUGCAGUUUAGAAAAUGAAGAUGAAAAUAAUUGGGAAUCCUUGGCAAAGGAGAAAGGGUUCAGACACGAUUGAGGAACUGACUUUCAAUAAGCUAGGAGGUACUUUGGUUUCUUAUGGGUUAACCACAUCAAUACUAGCCAUAACAUUGAGGUUUCAUAAAUGUUUAGCUAGAUCUAAGCUCGUGUUUAAUUUAUUCAGAUUUGUGCUCAUCUAGAUGAAAGAACAGUUUUUUCCCCCCGCGAUGAGAGGACCUUAGUUCAUAUCUUUCGAAAUAGUAUGUCUGACUAUUAAUAUUUUUCGAUAUAGAGAAACUUCCGAAC